CCCUCAUUAACCCGCCAAGUCUUUGGAGCCAUUGGCGCGAAAAUUGGGAACGAAUUGAAUCAGCUGACAAUCUCCAAAUUAGGGUUUCCAAAAGUGGUGCUUCUGAUUCAUCAUCUCGAUGUCGAAUUUCUCAGACCAGCUCCAUGAAGUCAAGCUCUCAAUUUUUUCGGGCACCAACAAGUCCUUUUCUUACUCAACCCUCUUGUACCUCCAAGAACAGUCCACUAACUGUUCUGCGUCAAUUCAAACCCUUGCUGAAGUUACUCCAAGCUUAAUCCCGCUAAUGGCUGCCGAUGUUCAUGAUCAAGACGAAGAAAUUGCAGGACAGGCAUUGAAAUGUUUGGGCUUCAUGAUGUAUCAUUCAUCCCUUAGUGCCGUAAUUUCGGUGGAAGGAGUCAGUUUGAUUAUGGCGUCAUUGGUUAAAAUCAUCACAACAACAAAAAUAAAGUCAUUAUGUAACUUAGGAGUGUGGUGCAUAUCCAUCCAACAUUUGAAUGAGUCGGUUCUUGUUCCUCAUUUUGAUUCUCUGUUGCAAGCAGCUGUCCAUGGUGUUGAAAAUCCUAUGGGUUCCUUAUCUACAACUUUUGAGGCCAUUCAGGCUAUAAUGAGGUUAGCAGUUCAAUUAGCUGAGAAGAUGAGAGGAUUCUCUCAUGUCUGGGCUCCUUCAAUAUAUAGAAGACUUCUCAGCUCUGACAAGAGGGAAAGAGAUAUGUCAGAAAGGUGCCUAUUAAAGAUUAGAUCUCUAAUACUUCCUCCUUCACUAAAUCUCUCAAAGGUACUUGUCAAAGAUAUGAAGCAAACAUUGCUCACUAGGAUGAAAGAUUUACUAAACCAAGGCAGCAAGGUUCAGACCAUUCGGGCAUGGGGAUGGUUUAUCCAAUUGCUGGGAUCCUAUGCAUUGAAUAACAGGAAUUUAAUUAAUGACAUGCUUAAAAUCCCUGAGCUUACAUUUUUGGACCAAGAUCCUCAACUUCAGAUUGCUUCACAGGUUGCAUGGGAAGGCCUAAUAGAUGCUCUUAUUGAGCCUGGAAUAUUACCUAAUACAAGAAAUGAUGCUAUGGAGGACAAAUGCUUUCAACAAAUGGGAACAUCUAAAAUCCAAAAUAAUGAAAUCCAAGCAAACGGUUUCUCAAAAAGUUUGAAGUUGAUUAUGACACCUCUAAUAGGCAUCAUGUCAAGUAAAUCUGAUGCAUCUGUUUACACAUCCUGUUUCAACACAUGGUGUUAUCUGUUACAUAAACUCGGUUCUGCUGUUAAUUGUUCUUUGGUGAAAAAGCUGGUGUUGCAACCUGUAUGUGAAGCAGUUUUUCAGAUUGGCCCUGAUCAUAAGAGCAUUUGGGUAUGGAAUCUGUGCAUAAAUUUAGUUGAUGAUUUAAUUUUAGCAAAGUGUAGAGAUGCAAACAUUGAGUCAGUUGAUCUGGAAUGCCACCAUUUAUCAGUUACAACCUCCAUUAAUGGAACUUUGACAUCUGGAAAAUGCCCAUGGAAUCAGUAUCCUAUUAAAUGGUUGCCAUGGGAGCUGAGUCAAUUGGAAUUUCAUUUAAAGAUUAUUUACAGCCUCAUCAAUCAAGCAUCGAAGAUAACUGUUUCCCAUGAGAACAGGACUUUGGCAUACGAUGCUUCCUUAAGGGUAUUUAGAUCUGUUUUGAAAGGAGUCCAAAUAGAUUUGAAAAAAACAUCCACUACUUAUGAUGAUAUUUUGCUGUGUCUGAACACAAUAUUAAGGUUUAUAAAGUACUUAUGUGAAGAAAAUUCUGACGGCAGUGACAAAAAUGACUUGCAAAUUAUAUCCCUUCAGCUCAUAGAGGUUGUUGUAGAGGAAAUAAAGCCUUCUGUGUUGGGUUCUCCUCUUUACAAGGUAGCAUUAGAUCUCAAGUAUAUUGAAAGCGAGAGCAUUGUUGAUGUUGAUAAAAGUAGACAUGCAAAAGCUUCGGGGAUGUGCUCUGUCACUUAUAUGGAUAUGGUUUCACCGGUAGUUUAUUUAACUGUACUGUACUUCUGUGUCAUGGCUCAAUCAGAUUUAAGCACUUUUAGUGCCAAUUUUGUUCUACGGGCAGUGCAAAAGUAUUUUAAAAUUAUGUUAUCAUCUUACGAACUCCAGAAUAAUUUUGUCAUUACUAUUGACUUAUUGUAUAAGCACAAAGGCCCAAGCUGCGUAAGGAUGUGGGCAGCAAUAGUGGAAAGUCUGAAAGAUUACAUAUGUGAUAUAGAAAAUGUAUCAUUAUUUAAUCUGGAUUACAACAAUGCUUACUUUGCCACAUGUGAUCUGUUAUCCUACCCAUUCAUCAUAUGCUAUUGCCACCAGAAAGAUUUUAUGUCAGCAAAGAUUAGUGGCACAUUGGAAGAGUCUUUUGUUUCACUGCAGAAAAAACUCAAGUUGGAACAAGUUAUUGAAGUGUGGAAGUCACUUUAUGGUUCUCUUCGUACUUCACAGUUGGAGUGUUUCAAAGCUAACAAAUUUCCUGAGGAUCUUUGUAAUACAUUAGAGGAGUGGCUUAACAGUUACACUAGCAUAUUCGAGUCUGGGAAUGAUGUUGAAUCAUGCCACAUGGAUUUGGAUAUUGAUCAGAUAUCCUUCUACGUUGGUGUCGUGACUUGUAUUCUCGAAAGUUUCCAACCUUCAGAAUUGAUUCCAAAUGAAAAAGAUGGAUGUAGCAGGGACCACAAGAAAUCAAGUGGCAUAAACAGUUGCUUGACAAUGGCUAUUAGAUUUACUAGGUUUUUGCAGACAAAAAUAGGAAAAGUCCCACCCAUUAUUCCUGUUAUGACCUCAAGGAUAUAUUCUGCAUUGGCGUACUUCAUUAGUUGCCUUCACUUGAAACAGGAUAUUCUUUCAUUAGUUGAGACAAUCUCAUCUCCAUUGCUCCAAUGGCUGGCAGAAAUAGAGAUGCAAGAUGAAAGCACCAUUGAUCAAUUUCAACUCAUAUGGUCAGAAACCCUGAAUUGUCUACAGAGGAGUCAGCCACCACUAAUUUUUGAUUCUGCAUUCCUUAAACUCCAAUCAUCUCUCCUUGAAAAAACUCUUGAUAAUUCUAAUCCAUCCAUAUCGGAUCGAACCAUCGGAUUUUGGAAUUCAACAUAUGGUGAUCAAAGUAUGUUGGAUUAUCCUCAAAACUUGCUUCAUGUCCUAGACAAACUAUCCCGAAAUGGAAAAGUAAAUCUCCACAAGAAAAGCCACUCAUUUCUUGAGAGAUGUGAUUCUAGAGUUAAGCAGAGACUGCUCCAGAAAAAUACAGGGUAAACGCCACUCACAUGUAUUCCAAGAGGAUAGAACUAUUACAGGGUAAUCUAGACCAUUGCAAAAAUAAUCAAAAGAACAUGCCGUCUUUAAAUUUGAAAAGGAAGAGGUUAGAAUUAACAGAGCAUCAGAAGGAGGUAAGAAGGGCACAGCAAGGCAGGGAAAGAGAUUGUGAAGGACAUGGCCUCGGUGGGAUUCAUACUUAUACAAACCUUGAUUUUUCACAAGGGAAUGAGGAUUCACUUGAUAGCCAAGAAAUCUGGAAUUCUGAAUCCAUAUUGGACAUGCCAAAAAACGCCUAGUCAUGUUCAUGUCUACAUUGGUUUGGCAUAAUACUUACUCUUUGAUAAGCUCCUUACCGUGUCUUUUUGCCAUUUCUCAGGUCAGACAGCACUCAUCUCCAAGAUAGCCAAAUUAGACUUAAUUUAGCCUUGUUGAACAGCUUGUUCCCUAUGUAUUCUCACCUUGUUUAUAUGUAUGUAUGUGUGUGUGUAACCAUAUUUGACACUCUUGAAUGAUUUAAUUAACAAAUAACAUGUUGAUUUA